CUUUACUCUUUGGCUUUCUUUCUUUCUUCUCUUGUUCUUUUUUUUUUCUUUCAUGCAAGAUAAAAUGGUCGCAUGAGAGGGCAGGGUGAAUCUUCAUGCGGCACACGAAUUCGAUUGCUAUUAUAUACUACGGAGUACUUAUUAACGUUAAUGACUCUCCCCACCGUUGUUGUGACGUCUAGCUUUACAGAUCAGAAUCAAAAUGGCCCGCGCAGGAGACUCCGAUAGAGCGGUGGCUAUGCCCAAGUUAGAGGACCUCCUGCGACACCCUGAGGACCUGGAUAAGAUCAUCGGGUUGAAAGCGGAAUACACACGGAAGAAAGCAGCGGUUGAUUCGCAGCUCCGCGAGGGACUCCGGGACCAGCUAGCGACUGUGCAGCGCAGCAUCAAUGCGCUUACAGAGGGCCAGCGCCAGGUAUCGAAGACGAAGGAUGAAUUGCAAGGAAUUGACAAGCUCUGCAAGGAGUCACAGAACAGCGUGGACGACUUUUCACAAAUCGACCAACUGGCGAAGAUCCAGCGGAACUUUGAGGCGACCUUGACAAUGAAGAAAGGGCUGGAGAAUUUCAGCGCCGAUUUGGCCGAGGUCGAGUCUCUCUUGCGGGAGGAUGACGAGGAUAUCGAAAACCAGCCGAAUUUGCUCCGGGUGCAUAUGCUUAUUUCUCGACUGCGGGAUUUUCGCGACGAGGCCAUGGAUCAGAUUCGCAAGGCGCAGGACCCGAGUAAUGAGGCGACGUUGGAGGAUUAUUUCCAGGGCCUGGACUCGGUGGUUGAUUGGUUUGAUGAUCAUUUGGGCACCGCCUGCAUGAACCUCAUUCCGCUACUGCAGUCGGAUAAUCCGAGUAUGGUCGUGCGGCUUGCGGUGGUGGUGAUGAAUGAAGAGAAGAAUGAUGACACGGUGCGCGCGUUGCAGGAGGCGCAGAGGGAUCACCAGGAUUUGGCUGGUCGGUUCAAAUCUAUGAACGUAGGGCCCAGGACGGUCAGGGGGUAUAAGGAGAAGUUUCUCCAGGCAAUUGAGUUCUAUGCCCAGAACCAGUUCAAUAAUACCAAGGAGGACUUUUUGGGUGACCCGGAGAAUCUGGAGAAGGACUUCCGCUGGUUCUUCAACGAUCUUUAUACAGUGCAACAGGGCAUGCAGUCGCUGAUGCCGAAGAAAUGGAAGAUCUACAAAACUUAUACCAACGUCUACCACCGCAUGAUGCACGAUUUUCUCAUCGAGAUGAUCAAUGACCCCGAGCUAGCAGCUGACAAUCUGCUUGCGAUUCUCCACUGGAGGGCAAAGUAUUACAAAAAGAUGGAUAAACUUGGCUGGAAGGCGCCUGACCUGGGUUUCGAUAUCCUCGACAACCGCGAGCCUGAUCUCAUCCGACGGUGGCAGAAUGUCAUCAUUCAAGCCGUUGAAGAAUGGAUGGACCGAAUCACAGAAACUGACCGAAAGGCUCUUACCGAACGGAUUCCUGAUUCCUUGGAUACCAACGGGGAGGGCCAUUUUCGAACCCAGACUCUACCGGACAUGUGGCGGAUGCUCCACGAGCAGGUUCUCGCGUCCAGUUCGUCUUCCCGCUCCGAUUUAAUAGAGGGCAUCAUGGACGCAAUGUUCCGGGUGCUCAAAGCCCGCCAGACCAACUGGCAAGCGCUCAUCGACGAAGAAUGCGCCAAAUACAAGGCCCCCGGCGGCGAUCAGCUCGAGGGUUUGCAGUUGCUGCAGGAUUGGCUCGUGGCCGUAGCCAACGAUCAGAUCGCCUGUAUUGACGAUAACGACGAAGCAGGGCAGUUCGGAUACUUGACCCGAUUCCGCCGGGACAUCGAGCAAUAUGUCGACCCAAAGUACAUGGCCUCGCGAGCCGUCCCGGAGCUGGAUGCUCUUCGAGACGGCUACGUGGACCUGAGUACCUACUGCCUCUCUCAAUUCGUGGAAGUCAUUUUCGCAGUCGAUCUGCGCACUACGAUCCCCGAAUUCUUCAGCCAGAAAUGGUACGGCGAUUUCGCCGUCAAACGCAUCACUUCUACCUUUGAAGACUACAUGGCAGAUUACAGUCCGGUUCUCCACCCUUCUCUCACCGAUAUCCUCGUCGAGGAGCUCUCCGACGAGCUUCUUGUCCGGUAUUUAUCUUCCGUCCGCAACAAAGGCGUCAAGUUCCGCCGGCACACGGACCCCUACACCGACAAAUUCACGGACGACGUCCUCACCGUCUUCGCCUUCUUCCAGAAAUACCCGGACUCGUUUGCAGGGACCAUCAAGCAGAAGUGGAGGCUUGUCGAUUGGUUGGUGCGUUUACUUGAGGCGGAGAAGGGCCCGCCGGUGGUUACGGUUUAUGAGAGCUUCAAGACUCAAUACUGGGAUUUGCAGCUGUCGUGGAUCGAGACUGUGCUAAGGACGAGAGAUGACUUUGAACGUAGUAUGGUGAGUGCUGUGAAGGCGAAAGCUGCAGAGUUGUCGGUUGAGCGUGGGUUGGAGACUCUUAUGAGUAGAAUACGGUGAUUUUUUUUCUUGGGGGGGGGGGAUCUUGCUUGUCUUUCUAGCGUGGUGUUUGGAGUUUUUCUAUCAUUAUGUUGUUGGAGAGGUGGUUUUUUUUUUGUUCUGAGUAGAUUCUGUGCAUGAUAU